CUCAUCAAGAUGGGUCGCCGAGCAUUGACCGCACAGGAAAGAGCAGACCGGCAGAUACAGCGACAAGAGGCGCUCCGUACAAAACAAACACUGGAACUCGCUCGGGAAUGUGCUCUUGAUCCAAAUUUACGCGUCGUUGUUGACAGUACAUUGCCUGCAUCAUACGCGUCACAGACCACUACAGCUACCAUAGGUGCAUUCGUGUCCACUUAUUCCAUCAAUUCAAAUCUAAUGGCUAGCGUUCUAACGAUAAGACCUAUAUGGCUAGAUCCGCCGUACGCGAACGAAGAUGACAAUCCUAGGUACUAUUAAGAGACGAUUGAACAGUAAUCGUCUAAUAAAUUGUGUUAUCUU